AUGAAAAGAAAUAAAAUAAGAGAAAAUUGGUUUAAAUCGGUUUCUGGUAGUAGGAAAAAUAGUGUACCUACAUCACUUGUGAGAAAGCGUCUUUCAUACACUCGUGUGAAAUUUGUCACUUUCUACACUCGUAAUGUGAUAAACUAUUGCAAUUUUAGGCGCCUUCAAAAUGACAUAAGUUCCCUCUCAUAUGAUUCGAGAGAUGCCAGAAACGAAUUAGAAAUUUGCAAACGACAAGUGGAAGAUCUAAAAAGGCAGCUGCAACAUUAUGUGGCCGAAAUAAAAAGAACUGAGGACUUGAUAACCAAUAAGGAACUAGAAAGGAAUGAAUUGCUUGACCAAUUCAAGUCUCUUUCUCAGGAAGCCAAUGUUUUAGAGAGCAACAACCAUACUUUGGAGAGUGAAGCUAACCAGUGUAAAGUUCAACUGUCGGUAGCUCUCGACCAUUCAACUGAAAUGGAAAGAAGAGUGGAACAUCAAGAAAAUACGAUACGAAGUUACGAAAAACAGAUUGCUGAUUUGUCAGCUCAAGUUGCCAGACUCGAAGUACAACUGAAACAAACUACCAGAGAACAAGAACAGUGCAACACUGAGAUGAAGCAAAUGCGAGAUCUCUGCCAGAAGUUAGAUAAGGAUAAAGACACACUUAAAAACGAACUGUACAAUAAGGAGGACCGACAAUCGCAGAGUCAAAGAGUUACCAAUAAGCUCAAUGCCGAAAUGGCAACUUUACGAGAGGCACUGGAAGAAGAGAAAAGCAGGUUAGAAGGUGUUGAAAAGCUACUCAUUGAGGCAAGGAGAGAAACUACAAGUCAGAGGCUGCUUAAUCAGGAUUUGCAGCACGAAAUAAAGGAGUUGCAGCAAACGGUCAGGGACUUGAAAGAAAAACUGCUCAAUUGCGAAACAAAAUAUAAAGACCGCAAAUCAAAAGUAGUGAGAACAGAAUUAUCUGAUGGACAAGGUAGUGAUCAAAUUAUACCGGAUGGAUAUAGCAGUCCAACAAAAAGUGAUGUUCCGAAAAAAAGAACAUCACUUCUUUCUACUAAAACCUUAACACAACAUGCCAGGUCUCAUGGAGUUUUUGAUCUUACUUCAUUAGAGACAUUGAGUGAACGUAAUGCACAAGACGCGAAAGUUAACAGAAAAAAUUUGGAAAGAUGCGAUGAAUCUACGCAUAAGAAACUGUUGGCCAAGGUUGCAAUUGGUCAGCCAAUAUAUUGCCCGGUUUGUAGGGAACUUAUCAAACCUCGAAAGAAAGCGGAAAUAGAAAAAAGUCCUCAAACUGGAUUGCAUAAUGUUGCCAAAAAUGUUGAUCAGAAACAAGGAACAAUUAAAACAACUUCUGAGUCUAGUAAAAAUGAAGCUCCAGGUCCUAUAAGUUUGGCUUCUGUUAAAUCAUUAACUUGGGAGGAUAAACAAUUAAUACGAAUGAAAUCAAAAGGCCAAACUGACUUGACAUGCUUCGAAAAAAAUGACAAUGCACGUGGCGCAAAUGGCAAAAAUGAUAAUGCUGAUACUAAAGAAGCUCAACCACCCGGAUUUAGGGAGGUCAAAAAUGUGGGAUCGGAUCCUUCCAUAUGGUCUGAAUUUAACAUGGUAAAUGAUUAUGUGCCAAGAAUGAAAACAUGCAGGUGUCCAAAAUGCGUUUCGGAGAUAUCUUUGUCAGAGCCAGAUAUUAGAAGUCCUAUAGAUACGGCUGCAUGCCUAAAAGAAAAAUCAAAGCCAUCGGAUCCAAAUGAUGCCAAAAGAGGAGCAUUUUGUAAAAAAUCCCAGAACAAGCCGGGCAAAGGAAAUAAGGAAGCUAAAAGUCAAUUAUCAAGCUCUUCUGAAAAUACCGAAGUUCAGACAAAGUUUGAUCAAAGCUCCGACAGCUCUGCAGUUUUUCACAAAGUGUUUUGUGUUGAUGGCGUCGGAAUAAAGUGUCACUGUUGUAUCUCGAGUUUUAGAAGAAAAGAUGAUUGAUGCUGUGAUAGCACCUAAUUUUAUAAUAUUUUAAGCUAAUAAUAAAAAAAUAGCUAGGGUACAGCCCACAUUAGCUCGGAUUAUCGAGAGUCUACUCUACUUAUUUUUUUUUUUUUAAAUAUCACACUUGGUUUUUCAAAUAAUUAUGCAG